AUGGCGACUACCAACACAGCUGCAAGCUACUUUACGCUUAACCCUGGCGGCAGCAAUGGAACUACCCAUACUAACGGUACUUCCAACACCAACGGCACAUCCCACGCCAAUGGAAUAUCCCACACCAACGGUACAUCCCACACCAACGGAUCGUCCCAUAUAAAUGGCAAGAUAUCGAAAAACCUUCCAAUCGUGAUAGCUGGGGGUGGUUGUGUCGGCCUUUUCCUUGCUCUUCUUCUGGCUCAGUCGGAUAUCCCUAACAAAGUCAUCGUCAUCGAACCCGAGCAACCUGACCCCAGCUCCACACGAGCAAUGGCCCAUCAGCCACCGACUUACCCGAUAUUCUCAAAAGUAGAAGGAUUACUGCCAGAGUUAAUCAAGACUGGAAGUUUGAGCUCAGGAUUGUGCUUCCGAAACAGUUUGCAAAAUGGAGACAAGAUUAUCGCUGAAAAGACUUUUGACAAUUCAGGAGAGGGAAUGAAGGGAAAGGGACAGCUUUUGUUGCCCCAAGGCAAGUUUCAGCAAGUACUCAUGAAAAGAUUGGCUGCUUUGGAUGAAAAGGCGGAGAUUCGCAUCGGGGUCAGUGUCACUGGAUUAAGACCAUCACGGGACAGUGUUGAUGUCAAGACGACGCCUACGCCUACCUCUUCACGCCUUGGGAUCGAAUGGAUAGAAGCAGCAUAUCUCAUCGACGCAUCUGGAGCGCACUCUACCAUCCGAAAAGAGCUCGGUGUCAAACUAGAAGGCGAGACGCUCGCAGCCCAACUCGUAGCCACAGAUCUAUACUUUGACUUCCACAGCCACGGCUUCUACGACGCAAACUUCAUCAUCGAUCCACAGAGCUACGGCCUCAUCGGGCGCAUCAGCCACGCAACAGACUCGAAGCCACCUCUAUGGCGCGUAUCCUACGGUGUGCCUCUGAGCACCACCGAGGAAGAAAUCAAGAAAGACGUAGACGAAAAGCUCCGUCUCAUGCUCCCCAACAAAGGCAGAAACAGCGAAGGAGCCAUCGCCUACGAAAUUACCCGAAUAGCACCGUACAAAGCGCAACAACGCCUCGUCGAAUCCCUCUACCACGCCUCCUCACACACCUGCCUCGUAGGCGACGCCGCACACCUAACGAACCCCUACGCCGGUCUCGGUCUCGCCUCCGGCAUGGCUGACGCUUCCUCUCUCGCCGAAGUCCUAAUCCACAUCAUGAGCGACAGAGCACUCAACGAAGAGCGGCUACUGAAGUCAUGGUCGGAUGCCCGACGCGAAAAGUUUCUAAGCGCAAUCGAUAUGCCGUCGCGUAUGGCGUAUCAGCGCGUCAAGACAGAUGUCAGUUCCGAUGAGAAGAUACACGAGUUCAUGACCAGGGAUCCGCUGGUCGGCGCGCUGAACAAGGGUAUGCCCGUGCAGCCACCGAGUUUGGAGACUAAAGUGCACGAGUUGGAGGGGUGGUGA